AACCUCUGCUUCAAGUUCCAAGCUUCAAGUUCUAGGAUACCGUAGUGCAGAUGCUGGGCCUCCUGUGGCCAAGCGCACCCACACUUUCUGUGCGUGCUUCGUUCUCCAUGCUCACCUCAAGCCGGUGCACGGCAACCCCAAGUAGGGCGGUGGUGGCAGCUCGAGUAAGGGGCAGUGUGGGCGGAAGUGUUGCCGGGUUUCUCACACGAGACUUUCUGGCAAGUAGUGGCGAUCAGCAGAGUGGCGGACCAUCCACUAACAUCAAGAAAGUUUCUUCCAGGCGCUCUCCUGCUGGUGGCGAGCAUGUAAUUUGGAAGAGUCGCUUCAUCAGCUGCCUGCCUGCAGGCUUCAGCAAAAGGAACGUCUUGGCAUUGGCAAGUGAACAAAAGGGGGGCGCUCUGGCCGCAGAGAUGCCAUCGGAGUCCGUCACAGGAGUGGACUCAAUAGAAGAGUUUCAUGAAAAGAACGGCCAGUGUAAUGGGGCAAGCUUUGGUGAAGCUCCACUUUCAGGGAGCCGUCCUUGUGUUCCCAACAUGAAGGACACGACCAUAAGUGAAAGCACUUGCGGUGGUAGUUCGGUCCUUGAAACCAAUGCACCGUAUCCUGGGAUCGGUGUGUUCAAUCAAACCCAGGGCGAGGGAGGGGUCCAUUCCAAAGUGAAUGAGCAUAGGGCAUCCGCCAGUGAGAGCAUUGCGGACAUAAAUGGAGGAACAGAGGAGGCGCUGCUAAGCAGUCAGCAGUGCUCGGCAGCAGAAGGGGUUGUCGAGCCCGCACUGGGGGCGUCUGCGAAGCGGCCUUUCUGCAAGCAGUGCCAGAAGCCGGCGGUGGUGUGCAUCUGUGCGACUAUACCGAAGGCCAAGGUGGCGAACAAGACCAAGCUGGUGGUGCUGCAGCACUACAAGGAGAGAAAGCACCCGCUGGGGUCUGUCCGCUUUGCCAAGCUGGGUUUCGAGAACGUUGAGGUGGUGGUUGUCAAGGAGUUGGGCUCAGGCCUGCCCUGGUUGAAACCUCCCUUCUCCCGGAAAGAGCGCGCACGGGCGCGGGCACUCGCAAGAGCGGAGGAGCAUGCGUCAACUUCAGCCGACACUCCCCCAGGUCCAUCAGAGCAUGCUAGCGAAAACAGGAAGGAAGAUUUGGCCAGUAGCAGAGACUUAAGCUUGGAUAGCGCACCCACCAAUAGCAGCGUCAGCCAGUUGUCUGCAAGUUCUCCUGUACCCGCUUCUGCACGCAUCGAGUCGCACAAACCUUCGGAAGCGCCCACAGGUGAAAAGCCAGGUAGCACGCCCGGGAAGGGCUCGACUGGGGAAGCUUUAGACCAGGUUGCUGGCAUCCCUCUCGGGGGGGAUUCUUUGCCAGCAGAGUCCGGAGCCUCAGGGGAGGCAAACGGGUCCUUAUUGGAUCCAGCAAUCACCGCCGCGCAACUAGAGCCCGAGGUCCAGGAAGUUCGAUGGGAGCGCGACAAGUCAGGCCGCAAGGUCCGAUACCCCACGUUCGCUCCCCCCCCGGGGAUCGAGCUUACUCCGGGCACCGCCGUCCUGUUCCCGGGGCCACAAUCCGUCGAUUUACUAGAGGCGGCCCAGUUUUGGGGGCUCGCCGUGCAGUCCUCGCCCUUCUCGCCAGCCCUCCCCUCUUUGGAUAACAAGGUCCCGGCGACGACGGGCUGCGAUGUGCUGCCCGGGGCGUCCAAUAUUGGUGGAAGCUCAAACGAAUCGGGGGGCAUGUCCGGGGUAGUCGAGAAGCAGCUCGGGGCUGCGCUCGAGUCGACUGAGGGUUUCGGUUCUGCCGUCAUCGAUGACGUCACUCAGCAGCUGGGGGCUGCCUCGUUAGGAACCUCAGAAGAUUGCCUUUCAUCCGUCGGAAGAGCCUCGAACGCCGCUGCAACGCUGCCAACCCCUGCCGUAGAGUUGGGCGCCUUAGAAGCUGCGGAGCCCCUCAAACCGAAAACCCAGAACCGUCCCGAGAGGGCGCCCAUGGCGUUUCCGGAGGCGCCUCCCGACCAGCUGAUCCUGAUCGACGGUACCUGGUCGAAAGCGACCCGGGUGUACCACGAGCACGGGUGGCUGCACAGCCUGCCCCAGUACAAGCUGCCGCUCGGGAAGCGCACCAGCCGUUACCGGAAUUUGCGGAAGGAGCCCAAGAAAGAGUACCUGUCGACCCUGGAGUCGGGUGCGUGGGCCCUCCAAUUGAUCGAGCCGGCGCUCGUGGACGACAUCGAGGGGGUCCUGGAUAGCUUUGGCGAAAUGAUCAAGAGACAGGCAGAGUAUCAGGCAGAGGCCGUGCGGCAGGGGCGGUGCUGGAGACUUGCGGAGCCGUAGGGGUCUUGCUCGGACGGGGGUGCAAAUGAAGCGAAUGGUUUGCUGAUAUCUGGCAAAUACAAGCUGACCGCACCCUAGCGUGGCCGUUUUUGCACGUUGCGAGCUAGUGAAGCAAAGAGCUGUGCAAUUCGUUGAUGGAGGUUUAUUCAUCGUUGCCUUUCUUGGGAUUGAGCAUGGUGACAAUGACAAUGCCUUGCUCGAUCGGACGAUCCCAUCAAGCGAACGGCCCCACUGGAC